GGCCGCCGCCCGGUAGGCGGAGCGCCCCUUCCCCGUCAGCUGGUUCCGCCGGCGGGCAGCGGGCAUUUGGCUGCGACCCCCCGGCUCGGGUGGGAGAUGGAGGCCUCGGGCCUCACCCUCAAGCUGCUCCUGAUCGGGGACAGCGCCGUGGGGAAGUCCAGCCUCCUGCUGAGGUUCACCGAUGGCUCGUUUGAGCCCUGCCUGAAGCCCACUAUCGGUGUUGAUUUCAAAGUGAAGAAAAUGGUGGUAGAUGGCCACGCAGUGCAGCUUGCAAUAUGGGACACAGCAGGACAAGAGCGCUUUAGAACACUGGCUCCCAGUUAUUACCGAGGAGCUCAAGGGGUUGUUUUAGUGUAUGAUGUUACGAGAAAAGACACUUUCACAGGACUAGAGAGCUGGCUGAAUGAGCUGGAAACGUACACCAACAAAAGCAACACUGUGAAGAUGUUAGUUGGCAAUAAAACCGAUAAGCCUGAUCGUGAAGUAGAGAGAAGAGAGGGACUCCAGUUUGCUAGAAAACGCUCGCUGCUUUUUAUAGAGACAAGUGCCAAAACAGAGGAUGGAGUGCAGCAUGCCUUUGAGGAACUAGUCAUAAAGAUCAUGCAGACACCAGGUCUUUGGGAUAAAAACACAAAGAAGCAGGGAUUCCAGCUGAUGGAAUCUUCGCAGAAGGAGAAAAGCUUAUGUAGUGCAUACUGUCCACUUUCUUAAAUCUACAGGUGCCUGUUCUGUCCAAGCUGAGUAGACUGCUGAAAAAUAUAGUAAGAAAUUUCAGGCACUAAACAGUGCCUUGUUUGACUUGCCACCAAUUGUGUAGAUCUGAAAACCAAGCUGAUCAGCAAAAUACUCUUUUAUUCCAUAACGAUUUACUUCUCAGUUAUGUGCCUCUGAUAUCUCCAGAUACCAGUAUUACGCUCUUUUGAUAACUCAGAUUUUUCACUAGUAAAUCAUAGUGCUUCUUAUAUUACGCUUUUGCAGUACAGCAGCCAACAUGUUCCUUUCCUGAAAUUCCUGCUUUAAAACAGUAUUCCAUUUUGGAAUAUCAGUGAAAAGCUUAUCUUGUCCAGAAUGACAAUGGAGUUUCUCAGGCAGCCAGCUUCGCUUUAAUGUAGUUACUAGUCAGGAGUCAACCUGAGCAGUGACAUUGCUUUUCUAUUUCUCAUAGUUUUAAGCACUGGAAAUUCCUACGUGUCCCCAGAUAACAAGCUGAGUUGCUACUAAAUUUUAGGGUUAUAGUAUUCACUAUAAUAUUCAGUAACAUUCUGCAGGAAGAAAAUGCUUCCUCUGCAGUACACUGUAGGUUAUACCUUGCUGCUCUUAAAUACCUGCAUUUCAGAGUCAUCAUUUUGGGCCAGCUUACAGUGUGGGUCCUUCCUUUAGUUUUCUGCAAACCCAUGUUUCUGCCCUCAUUCAGCAACUGCAGGGCUAAAACUACGUUUAAUAUAAAAUGUGCUGGUGAUAGACAAUUGUCCACUAGGAAGAGUCUGUUGCUACCAGAUAGCUGCCUCUUACCUUCCCUCCAUCCCCGUUGGACUCGCUGCCUUGUCUUGAAAACAAGCCUUGAGUCAUGGAAGAUGCUAACCUAGAUUCUGUCUGCUCUUGGUAGCAAUGCCUCUAGGAGACUUCUGGUUUGGGUGCUUGCAACACUGUAAAAGUAACUGUAAAAGUAACCAAAAACUUAAAGUAACCAAAAACUAAAGGUAACCAAAAAUUUAGGGACAGCAUUUAAAAUAUAAGCUGCUUGUAAGCAAGUGACAAAGCCAAAGACACUCUUAUUACAGGACAUUGUCAAAUUGGAACAGAAAAGGUUAGCCUGUCUUAGGAUGGGUAUAUCUUGGUUCAUUGCUAUCUAGUUAAGUUACAUUAUUAAUAAGAGUGUUUUCCUGACUAACACCACUACUGUACCACUGUUGAAGACAAGGUGUAUAAACUUUAGCUUUACUUUGGAACUAUUCUAGCUUGUUCUCUAUACAGUGCUCUUUGGAGCUGUUUUCAUCUGUGAAAAGUAUGUGCAUAUAAUUCUUUCUGGAGUAAGUAAAUAAAAUACCUGUCUUGUGUUUUUA